CUGUUAUGCUUGUGGUCAAAUGCGAGAAAGAAGACAUAGACUACUCUUGCACUUUAACUAAUAAUGUUGUUUCCUAGCAGCACCAUGGGGAACUAUUUUCAUGCUUUCAUAUUUGUUUGUUUUGGUUCAUGCUUUAUCAUCUCUCCGCUCAUGGCAGGUAAUCUAUGGAAUGAUGUGGUCAUGGUACGUGAGGACUCAUCUGUCACCCUAUCCUGCUUUGAUUCACCACCCAAAUCUUCUGUACUGGUUACCUGGAAGAUGAUGUCAGCGAGGGAGGAUCGCUGGUCAUAUUUGUUAUCAGCCAACUGCAUCGAUGGACAAACAAAUGGACGCAGUAGCAGAGUGUUUGGAGGAAGGACUUUUGAGAUCUCUGCGGAUGCCUCUCUGAUCUUCAGGGCUGCAGCACCUUCUCAAGGACGCUACUCCUGUGUGAUUGAACAGGACAACAAGAAGCUACAGGAGAGGAUUGUUCUGCUCGCUCUGAUUAAAUUAACUGUCACUCCCACGCCCCCUGCCACAGUGGACAGUACACUGAGACUGGUAGCUCAGGUGUCUCCCUCCUCCGUGGUUGCCUGGGGAACGUGGGUGUCUUCCUCGGGGGAACAGCUAUACACUGAAAUCUCCCAUGACAAGGGCAGUCUGCUCAGCAAGCUGGCCCGCAUCACCAGUAAAGACACCGGAGUCUAUACCUGCAGAAUCCGUGUCCAUGGUAACAACGACACGUCUGUCUCGGAGCACAGGGUGAAUGUGACAGUGAACGAGAGAGCUGUGUUUUCUUUCACAGACGUGACACAAGGAGACACAAGGUCUAUGGCAGCCCUCUCUCGUUCACUGGUCACUCUAGCCUGUCCCCCCAUUCUUGGUGACUAUGUGCUGCUCUACUGGCAGUAUCCUGAUUCAGAAAGAAUGGAGCUCAUAUUUCAGUUUGACCGUUGGAGGAGGAGCUCCACCAACAAGACCAAACACCACCUCAGUUUGAUAGACCCCGCCACCCUGGCUGCUGUUGGGAACUUCUCCUUCCUGUUAAGCCCAGCCCUGACGGAUGGAGGACACUACUUGUGCGAGGUCUUCCUGGAUGACAAGGCUUUCACCCAAAGCAACACACUGAGUGUUUUACAUGGAUAUAUCAAGCCAUCCCGCACCACUCUGGAUCUGAGUUGUACGUACAAAGAGCGAUCUCAGGUCAAAGCUGUGAGAUGGUCAUAUGUUCAGGAUCCCAGUCGCUUUCUGAAAUCAACUGCUGUUUUGGGCCGGAUCACAACCUCUGUAGCGCUUCCUGUGACCCCCGAGACGGCAGGACGUUAUGCCUGCACUCUGUAUCUGAAAAAUGGAAACUCAGUGCAAUAUAUGUGCACCGUCACAAUGGCCAAUAUAGAUCCAACAGUUUCUCCAGGCCCUGCACUGCCACCUGCAGCAGAAGAUGUCUCAGCAUCCUCUUAUGUUUCUUCGUUCUCAUUUCUCCUAUUUCUGAUACCCAUGAUUGCCGUAGCUGUUGGAGUGUUGCUAUGGAGACAGGGCUAUUGCGUCACCCACCGAAGUGUCGAGCAAUCACUGUCUCACCACUCCGGAGAGGUGGAGAACAUCUAUGAAAAUCCUGACGUUCUAAGACAGCAGACACCUCCCCAAGGCGCAGUCUACAUGGAUCUUAAGCCAACGGGUGAAAUGGAUGUAUAUAAAGAAUUAGAUAGGUGAGACAUGAGGGUCAUACGGGGGAUACAGUGCAUGUGUGUCAUUGUUCAUAUAUGCUCUCUCAUUUCAGAUACAAACAGUGCUGUGGUUGAGUACAAUGGAUGUUGAGAUAAAACAGCUGUAUCUGAAAUAAAAUUGUACAUAAAUGUGUGAGACGUAUAUGUAUGACUGGUGUAUUAACUUUUGACAGCAAACUGUUUUUGUUAUUACUAUAAAAAUGACUUUCUUUCAU